AUGACACCUACAACGGGGGCCCCUACAGGUGCCUCCACCUCCUGCAAGGAAACAGCAACUGCUGCUGAUGCAACACAACUGCAGCAGCAAACGAAUCAUGCAGAGCAGCAGAAACCAAACACGCAGGACAAGCUCAACCACCCAAACACGGGGGAAGGCGGCACAGCGACGGCUGCCCCUGCUGCUGCUGCUCCUGCUGCUGCAGCAACAGGAGCAGCAACACCGGCACCAGACAGUGCAUCAUUGACAGCAGCAAAACCCGUCGCAUCAGCAGCAGCAGGAGUACCUCCAACAACUGCAGCAGCAGCACCAACGCAGGCGGCAGCACCAGCGGCUGCAGCAGCAUCGCCAGCAGCAGCUGCAGCAGCACCCCCCGCGGAGGGCGCACCAGCAGCAGCAGCAAAUGCAGCAACAACAGCAGCAGCAGCAGCAGCACCUGCUGCAGCAACAGCGGCUUCUCCCGUGCCAGCAGGCGCUGAGGUACCCCCUGCAGCAGCUGCAGGAGAAGCGCCGGCUGCGUCUCCAGCAGCAGCAACAGCAGCAACAGCAGCAGCACCAGCUUCUGCUGCUGCAGCGGAUGCAGAAUCAGCAGCACCAGCAUCCGACCCAGCAGCAGCAGCAGCAGCAGCAGCAACACCUGCAGCUGGGGGUGCAUCAUCAUCCCCAGCAACAGCAGCAGCAGGAGGAGCAUCAUCAUCUACACAGCAGCCUGCAGCUGCAACAACAACAACAGCAACACCAGCAGCAACAGCAGCAGGAGCAACAGCAGCAGAACCAGCAGCAGCAGCAGCAGCAGCAGCAGGAGGUGCUGAGUCCCCUUCAUCAUCAUCAUCUUCAUCUGUCUCUAUGCCUGUUCCCUCUUUAAACAGUUCAGUGCAUGCAUGCUAUUGUUCUUGCGAUACUAUGAGCCAGGCCAUCAAUACUGGAUGA